AUGACGCAAACACGAUCCUUCCACAGUGCAGACUGUAACAGAGAUCAUCUGUUGGUUUUAGCCAAAGUAAAGAUAGUCACAAAAAAAACACCAAGAGCCGAAAAACCAAAGAAAUCUAAGUUCAACACAAAAAACACCCAAGAUCCAGCAAUGAGAACCAAAUUUCAAGAAUAUGUUCAAGAACAGCUUCAAAACUUAGAUAGUUCAUCCCCUGACGACAUGUGGAACAACAUGAAAUCAGCAAUAUAUGAUUCUGCGUCAAGGGCUUUUGGAAUGGAUCGACUUUCCAAGAAGGACUGGAUCGAAACCAAUGCAUCAAUACUAAUGCCAUUACUUGAGAAAGAGUGCAAGAUCUUCAUAAAGCACAAUAGAAAGCCAACAGAAAGUACAAAGCAACAGCUACGUGCUGCAAAAUCCAACCUUCAAAAACAAACUAGAAAAUGUGCCAACCAGUACUGGGAUAAAUUAUGUUCAGGAAUUCAACAGGCGAGUGACAUAGGUAACAUCAGGAAAAUGUAUGAGAAGAUUAGAGUUGCUAUCGGACCAGCAGUGAGUAAAGUGGCACCUCUCAAGUCUGCAACAGGUGACCAGCUGACGGACAAGAAGAAACAAAUGGAAAGAUGGGUGGAGCAUUAUUCUCAAUUGUACACAAAGGAGCGAGAUGUUGAUAGACAGCUUGAUGAGGCCAUUCCUCAGCUCACCGAAAUGACAGAACUUGAUAUACCACCAAUGGAAGAAGAACUCUCCACUGCAAUCGAUGAACUUGCAAGCGGAAAAGCACCCGAAAAUGAAAAUAUACCUGCUGAAGUGUUGAACGAGAACAAAUCCUUCCAGAUUUAUACAAGUUAG